AUGUGCGAGCAUGUGAACGUCGACGAGAAGCACUCUCUACGCAACCACCGACAUGAUCUUGGAUCCAAUUACUCGGACCACGGCGGCAAGCCCUCCGCCUUGCACUCUCCAUCUCAAAAUAGCCGUUUGAGUGCUUUGUCAAAUGAUCGAUGCAUAAGCGCAGCUAAUUCUACAGCUAUCAUCUUUCACGAAUAUGAUGAACAACCCACUGGUACCAUCAAACGUGCUCCACUCGACGUUCUGCGCCGAGUAAGUCACUCAUCAUCAUCAAAUGGAACGCAAUCAAUUGGGACACCUGACGAUGAAGAUUCAGAUGAAGAGUUUCCUGCUCCUCCACCAGUUUUCAGCCGAACGUCAACGCCUAGUCAAGUGAGUCAAAUUCAUUAUUGACU